GAGGGGGAACCUUUGCCUUUACCUUUAUGAUUUUGCCAACAAAAUGCAAAUGUUUAUUUUUAAUCAUUGUGCCAAACUUUUUGGGGAUUCUCCUCCUUGUGUCCUUCCCAGGUUGUUGUCCUUUGUUGCUGAAUGUUCUCCCGUGUGCCACUAUCUUGGUGAAGGUCUCCAAGGAUGAAAAUGGAAGAAGGAGGGACUCUUAGUUGUCUUCCAGGGGAGCCGUCCAAACCAGCCGGAGAAUUUCUUCCUGGGGUCAUUGUAGAUUGCAAGACCAGAGUGGAUUUCAGAGGACGAGGCAAAUCUCUGGAUGGAGAUACGGAAAGAUCCUGUGGACAGGCCAUCCUACCUCAGGUGAAGGGAGAAUCAGAAGAGGAUCUAACUCAGCACUGGGAAGUCCAAUGGAAGACUUUCUUGAGGACAAUGGAGUCCUCUCACCUGGGCUGGGGAAUGACCCAUUUCCCGGAGGACCCUUCCUUGUGGGAAGACGCCAAGACCUUCCUGGGCUCCUUCGAGCAAGUGGCUGAGGCCUGUCGCUGGCCCAGGGAACAAUGGGUAGCCCGGCUCUUGCCCGCCCUCAGUGGAGAAGCCAGGCGGGCCUUUGAUAAGCUGGAAGCUGGAGACCGAGAGGAUUACGGGAAAGUGAAGGCGGCCAUCUUGCGAGGGGAUGCUCUGAGCAGAGAGGAGAUUCGCCGGCGCUUCCGGCAGUUUAGCUACUGGCAGGCCGACGGGCCAAGAGCCGUCUAUGCCCAGCUGCGGGAUCUCUGCCGCCAGUGGCUGAAGACCGAGAAGAAUAGCAAAGAACAGAUUGUGGAAUUGCUGGUCUUGGAACAAUUUCUGGCUAUUCUUCCUCCGGAAAUGCAGAGCUGGGUGUGUGAAUUCAGCAUGGAGACCUGCGCAGAGGAGGCCGUGGUCCUGGCGGAGGACUUCCUCUCGAGGCAGCAAGAGGCUCGGAGGAAAGAUAAGCAGGGAAUCUUGGAGGAAGCCCAGGCUGUUUUCUCCUGGACUCCGGUUGAGCCCGGACAGAGAGUCCUCUAUGUUGAAUCAUCGCUGGAAGGCAGUGAUGGACAUGGCACUUUGUUAGUCCAGAAGGUGUGUUCGAGAAGAAAGAUGGAGGGGAAACACGCAAAGGGUUAGAAAGAGGCAGAUGUGAAGCUCUGAGAGAAAUCCCCUGGAAUCCAGAUGGCCCACAGAUGCAGGAAGGUGAACAGGCAGGAGAAAAGGAUAAAUUUGCUGAUGUGGACGAGGUCCCAGUUCCUCAGGAAAAGCAGAAGAAGAAGAAGAAAAACCGGUGCCUUGUGGUUAUCUCGGAGGAGAGACCCAGUAAAAACUCAGCCUUUGGGAAGGGGGUCCCCCUCCAUCAAAGACUCCAUAGCCGAGAACUGCCCCAUAAGUGCUCGGACUGCGGCAAGGGCUUCGGCCACAAAGCGAACCUUACGUCGCACCAGAGGGUCCACCGCCUGGAGAAGCUCUACGACUGCUCCAACUGCGGGAAGACUUUCCUUCGUAAGUCCAUCUUGGAUAUGCACUUGAGAAUGCACACCGGUCAGAAGCCCUUCAGCUGCUCCGACUGCGGCCUCAGCUUAAGCGCCCAUUCGAGCCUCGUCCGGCAUCAGCGGAUCCACACCCGGGAGAAACCCUAUAAGUGCUCCGAGUGCGAGAAAAGCUUCAGCCAGAACUCGGACCUGAUCCGGCACCAGCGGCUUCACACGGGCGUAAAACCCUACCGGUGCCCCGAGUGCGGGAAGAGCUUCAGUCGGGGCGACUGCCUGGCUACCCAUCAGAAAAUCCACGUGGGGAAAGAGCAAGGCGGGAACCCGAGCCUAGGCAAGGCGUUUGUGAUCAAUCAAGUCCUCUUCAGUGCUUGAGAAUUUUUCAUUGGCGGCAAAUCCACAAGUGACGCUCGGAAAAGGAAGAGGCGAUCCCAAUCUUUUUCAGACUAAAAGGGACACGAUUUUUCAGGAGCAGGGGAGGGGGGCACAUUCCUAAAUUGGCAGGAUUGGGACAGCACCUUGAAUAUGAUAUCAUUGUUGUGGCCCGCCAGUGGGCAGUGGAGCUGGCA